GAAAACACUGUAUCGGCGAAUUUGGAAUCUAAGAACAUGGAGAAGAUGAAUUCAGAGGAUGGUGGUAAUUGUUACCAUCAUCAUCAUUAUUCCGAUACGGAUGUUCUAGGAUCCGAUAAAGUUCCCCAUAGUGGUCCAUUGAGCGGACCCUUGAACAGAAAGGUUGUCGCGGGGAAGAAAACUGCCCAGUUCAACAUUCCCGAUUCCACGAAAGGCGAUGGCUAUGUCGAGAUUACCCUCGACGUUUGCGACGAUUCGGUUGCGGUCCAGAGCGUAAAGGCCGCGAAUGAGGUUGAUUUACAUGAGGAUCCCGAGCUGACUUUGUUGGCUAAAGGUCUUGAGAAGAAAUCUAACUUGGUGAGGAAUGCCUCCGCUAAGAUUAGGCAGGUGGGGCAUGAACUUAAGCGGUUGACGUCGUUCUCGAAGAAGCCUGCUCGGUUCGAUCGGACUAAAUCCGCCGCGGCUCAUGCUCUCGUUGGACUCAAGUUCAUUAGCAAGAAUGAAUGCGGACAUGGAUGGGAGGCUGUUGAGAAGCGGUUUGAUGAUAUUACAGCUUCCAACAAUGGAACCUUGCCUCGGUCACGGUUUGGUGAAUGCAUAGGAAUGGAGUCUAAAGAGUUUGCAGGGCAGUUGUUUGAUGCCCUUGCUCGGAAACGAAACUUUCAAGGUGAUUCGAUCGAUAAGGCUCACCUGAAAGAGUUCUGGGAUCAGAUCUCAAAUCAAAGCUUCGAUGCUCGACUUCAAACCUUCUUCGACAUGGUGGAUAAAGAUGCAGAUGGAAGAAUAACAGAAGAAGAAGUCAAAGAGAUUAUUAGUCUCAGUGCAUCAGCAAACAAUCUCUCAAAUAUCCAGAAACAAGCAGAGGAAUAUGCAGCUUUGAUUAUGGAAGAAUUAGACCCAGACCACCUAGGUUACAUAAUGAUAAACAACUUGGAAAUGCUUCUAUUACAAGCACCGAACCAAUCAGUAAGAGGCGAAAGCCGGAAACUGAGCCAAAUGCUAAGCCAGAAGCUUAAGCCUACAUAUGACAGUAAUCCAGUUAGGAGAUUCUGCAGGGACACCAAGUAUUUCUUGCUAGAUAACUGGCAGAGAGCUUGGGUGAUGGCCUUAUGGAUCACGGUCAUGUGUGGCUUGUUCACGUACAAAUUCAUCGAAUAUCGGAGGAGGCAAGACGUAUAUAAAGUGAUGGGGGACUGUGUUUGCUUUGCCAAAGGUGCAGCUGAGACACUUAAACUGAAUAUGGCACUGAUACUGCUACCGGUAUGCCGUAACACCAUAACCUGGUUAAGAAACAAGACGAAACUAGGCGUGGCGGUUCCUUUCGACGACAACCUCAACUUCCACAAGGUUAUAGCAGUGGGGAUUUCUAUAGGGGUUGGGAUACAUGGGAUUGCCCAUUUGGCAUGUGAUUUCCCUCGCCUGCUUCAUGCCACACCUGGUGAAUAUGAACCAAUGAAACAAUAUUUUGGUGAACAAGCCAAAAGUUAUUGGCAUUUUGUGGAGCACUUUGAAGGGAUAACUGGGGUAGUGAUGGUGGUUUUAAUGGCCAUCGCUUUCACGUUAGCGGCACCGUGUUUCAGGCGGGGUCGGAUGAACCUUCCGAAGCCUCUGAAGAAGCUAACAGGGUUCAAUGCCUUCUGGUACUCACACCAUCUGUUUGUCAUUGUUUACACUCUCCUCAUUCUCCAUGGAAUUAAGCUUUUCCUGACCAAGAAAUGGUACAAGAAAACGACUUGGAUGUACUUAGCAGUUCCAGUUAUCCUUUACUCAUGUGAAAGAUUAACAAGGCUGCUUAGAUCAAGCAUCAAAGCUGUUACAAUACAAAAGGUAGCUGUUUAUCCUGGAAAUGUACUGGCACUUCACAUGUCAAGGCCCCAUGGAUUUAGAUACAAAAGUGGACAAUACAUGUUUGUCAAUUGUGCUGCAGUGUCUCCGUUUGAAUGGCACCCAUUUUCCAUCACUUCAGCUCCAGGAGAUGAUUAUCUGAGUGUUCAUAUUAGGACACUUGGCGACUGGACUCGACAACUCAGGACCGUGUUUUCUGAGGUGUGUCAACAACCUACUAAUGGCAAAAGUGGCCUCCUUAGAGCUGACUGUAUGCAAGGAACUAAAACCCCAGAUUUCCCAAGAGUGCUAAUCGACGGACCGUACGGAGCACCGGCACAAGACUACAAGAAGUACGAAGUGGUUCUGCUGGUGGGGUUGGGGAUUGGAGCAACCCCCAUGAUCAGCAUCGUGAAAGACAUAGUGAACAACAUCAGGGCCAAGGAAGAAGAAGGAGAGUCCAUCAGUGGUGGUUUGGAGAAUGGUAAUGGAGUCAAUGAGAUCAACAGAACCAGUUCUUCAUCAUCAUCAUCAUCAACUUCCAAAAGGAAAGAAAGCUUCAAAACCAGGAGGGCAUACUUUUAUUGGGUGACGAGGGAACAAGGGUCCUUUGAUUGGUUCAAAGGGAUAAUGAAUGAAGUGGCCGAAAUGGACCAUAACCAUGUUAUCGAGCUUCACAAUUACUGCACCAGCGUGUAUGAAGAAGGGGACGCUCGCUCUGCCCUCAUCACCAUGCUUCAAUCACUCAAUCAUGCUAAAAAUGGGGUCGACAUCGUCUCCGGUACAAGAGUUAAAUCCCACUUCGCUAAGCCUAAUUGGCGCAGUGUCUACAAGCAAAUUGCUGUCAAUCACAACAGCUCUCGAGUUGGGGUGUUUUAUUGCGGGGCACCGGCGCUGACACAAGAGCUUCGCCAGCUAGCUUUAGAUUUCUCGCGCAAGACGUCCACCAGGUUUGAUUUUCAUAAAGAGAAUUUUUAAUUACCACACACAUUCCGGAUAAGAGGAGCCUAAAACAAAAGCUUUUCGAAGCUCAGUACAGACGGUUCCGGUCACCUCUGUGUCUCAUUUUGUA